CUUGGGCAUUAGACAUUUGGCACGAGCACUGGGAGGUUAUUUACGGCCACUGAUCCGAACUGUUAAACGCCGAAAGUUGACCGUUACUAAAUUCAAGAAGUUAAGUUAAAAAAUGUCAAGGGAGUUCAGAAUGGCGUUUGAUGAGCAUCAGAGCAGAUUUCCAAAUUCACUUUUUCCUUCAUACCAGAAUCAGACCUGUUUGAAUAAAGUUGGUGAAGAGAACGGUAGUGAGGCCUUGCCCUUCGUUUCACCUCAGGAUCAGAAAACAGCAGCUGACACGCUCUGGUCUCAAAAUGCAUUUGAUCCCUAUAGCCUCAUCAGCUGUGCCCAGAACAGCAGGAUACCCAGUUACACAACUGACUGUGACGGGGAGAAUGAUCUACAGGGCCUAGUGUCAAAUAUUUUGGAUGAAGAAGACUCACAAUACAGCUACUUCACUGCAGGGAUUCUACCUACAUGUAACCCUGUCUGGUCUCCAAAGACAUUGAGUGAAGAACUGCCUCAGUAUGUUCAAUCAGAGGGUAAAGCGCAACAACACCCCACCUUUCCUCCAAACUUUGUAUCCUGUGAGGCUUUGGGUAAAGCACAGGUAAAAUCAGUUAGCAGAGAUGGUGAGGAGAUUUAUCAACAGUCCAAUGGCCAUUCCACCAAUCAACAAUGGCUUUUUAAUUUGCCUAAAGGAGACCAAAAGAACUGCGUCCCACAUCCUCAGAAACUGCCACCAGGUCUAUCAAUCCCCAACGCAGGAAACAGCUACCUGUCACAGGUACAACUAAGCGGAUAUGAUGACAUGCCAGCUGAGAAAGACAGAGGGAAUAGCAAGCCUAGCAAUUACUCUGACCUCAGUAAUGUCUUUAGACCUCAAAGUGAAAUGAACAACUCAUACUUUACUCCUUAUGAAAAGCAGUUCACCCAGAGCAGCACAAAACCCAUGAGUAAUGAGCAGUAUGGGACACCAGACAUUCACCAACUGAUCAGCAAUUUUCAGUCCUUAAUGGCUGGUGAGCAUGAUGGCUUAUGUCGUGGAGACUUUACAAACAUUCACAGGCAGUCAGCGGGCAUGCAGCAUGAAGACAACGUGGCUGAACAAUGGAAAAUAUCCGGUCCUGCAAUGUUAACACAAAGUCAUCCUGCAAUGCAGAGUCAAAAGCAGCUGGUGGGAGCAUUUGGGACACAGCACAUGGAAAGAAAUGGAGAAGUGAGGAAACAAACAAUUGAGCGUAAUGCCUGUCAAGAUGCACCUUGUUUCAGCCCACAGAACACCCAGUACUACCAGCCCUCGAUGCCUUUCUCUGAAUCUUCAAACCAAAGCAACAUGACCAUGCAAAAAGAGAACACGUCACUCCCCAUGAGCAUGAACCAGUAUUCAAAGCAUCACUUCCAGCAGGGCCUGAUGCACAGCAAGCCACAGAUGCAGAGAGAAGACAAGAGGAUGCACAUGUCUGGCUUUGUAGGUAAAGGCUUCUCCACUAAUAUGAUAGGGGGGGAUAGGAAGCAGGCCCACUCACAUAAUAUAAGCCUUGAUCACCUGGGGAGCAUGCCGUCUCGGAGAUUUAAUGGAGAAAAUGGCAUGGUGAGGGGAGGGAAUACACAGCAGCUCAGGCCUCCCUUGUAUCCUGUGAAUGACCCCAGAAGAUACUCCAGCGUUCCCAUUAAUGCCUCUCACUUCAGCCCCAAAUCCACACUGCCCUAUGGUCACGGUGUGACGGCCAUGAAUGUGGGUGACAGAAUGUCAGAGUCUGCUGUUUUCAACUCCUAUGUCAGUGACAUGUUGACCUGCAUGGGAGAUAACACUUAUCAUGGCAUGGCCUCUGCCCCUACAACGUCAAUGGUGAUGAACCAGCUUUACUUCUACCUGGACGAGUGUUAUGAGCAGUGGAAGUCUUUGGAGCGAGAAAGAAAGAGGACUGAGGUCAUUAUUACCAAGACAUUUCUUGGUAAAAGGACAGCAGCAGCAGUCAGCCCUAACCUCCCCAAAACUCCACCAAAUCCCACAAGAGUCGACCUCCUCAUUGUUAAUCAGAUGAGAGAACAAGCAAGGGUGGUAAGCCUCCUGUAUAGGAUAGAGUUUCUGUGCAACACUCCACUCCACAUGGACAUCCACACCGCCCUGAGCAGGCAUCAUAUGGCCAUCUGCAACACCCAGGCUAGACGCAAGGAGGAGCUGGCCAGCAAACACCAGCAGCAGAGAGAUCAUUUCAAAGAGGAACGUGACACCAUACUGUUAGUCAUCACACUGAAAGACCUGGCUGCCGCAACCAGGACGAUCCGUACCGCCCUGUGGUUCGCUCUCCAGCUGACGCUCCCGAAAGCUAUCAAGAGUCCGGACCCCGAGGUCAACAAGCAGGCGACGCACAGAGAGAGGGGCCCCUCUCCGUUUGAGGGAUACUCUUUUAAGGUGUAAUUUAGCAGGCAUCAAGCUUGAGUUAAAGGUCACGAUUAAAUUAUAAUCACUCCAA